AGAAGAUUCUAUUUUUCGCUGGCAAUAUGAAGUUCCCUAAUGCCCUAAUCCUCAUCAGCGGUCUCCUAGCCGGCGUUCUGGCAGCACCACAUCAGAACUCCGCCAUGGAAAGCGUCGAUGCCAUCGAUCCCCCGCUCGUGGGUACCAUCUCUGGCGCCUUGCCUGGAGUCAAUCUACCGCCCCCCCUUGCCGAUAGGGCGCUCACUUCCGAGCAAAAGACCACGACCUCCUCACGGGAGCAGCGUCGAGGAAUUGCAGGCCACAUUGACGGGGUAGUCUGCGACGAAUUUGGCUUCUGUAUUUGAAGUAGGGCGGGGUAGCAUGAGGCCUCGGAUUGUAGUUGGCUUAGUGGUGGUCACCGUCUUGUCUAGAUGGCCUAGUGUAUGUACUGGCAGGUUAUGUCUCUAAGCAUGCCAUGCGGAGAGAGAGAGAGAGAGAGAGGGAGAGAGAAAGCAAGAGAAAUACCGAGGUGCGGCGAUAAAAAUCUAGGGUACGAG